AUGCUAAUUUUCGUCUUUUUAUACUUUAUUAGCAGUUUCAUCUCUUAUAUACUGUGUAAAGUUUUCCCUCCUACUGUGCCAGUAUAUGGCCACCUACAGGAUGAUAGCAACGAAAACGUUAACAAACCAUUCAUUUUUUAUACAGAAUCACUACAGAGUUUGGAAAAAAAUAUAAACAAGUUCAAAACAAAAUAUAAAGAAAGUAAUGACGUUCAUAACGGUCACGCGAUAGUCUACUUUACCAAUAACAAUCAUUUUUUGAUUUCGGAAGUCGAUGCCGAACCCAAACGACAAGUACCUAAAAUGCAAAAUGAGAAUACUCAUACAAGUUUUGAUUUGUUCUCACAAGGAUUCCCUAAACACUGGGUAGAGUUUUACACCACCGACGUGAAUCAAACCCUUGACAAAGCAGGAUUCGUAGUACAAACAUUGACUGUUGUUAAUGAUGAAUCAGCAAAGGGAGAGAUUGCAUACUCAAGAGGCAUAGCAAACAAGUUCACUUUAGAAUACGAUAUAAGCACCACUUUAUUCGAAGGUUUAUUUGCUGUUGUUGGUGGCACCCUGGGAGCAGCAUUUACUCCAGAGAUAACUUUUGCAAAGAGUGCUUCGACAUACUAUUCUUGUCCCGUAAUUAGAGGUAGGACUGCUCAAAUUAAAGUGUUCCCCACAACAACCACGCUUAAACCAUUGAAGAGAAAAGUGCUUUGGAAUGAAGCAAAGCGCAAGUUUAUCCCAGAUUUAGAUUUCGAGAAAAGUGGAAAACUAGCUCUUAUAUUUUUAACAGGAUUAGAAGACGUUGAAUGUAGCUAUAUAUGA